AUGCCUAAAGUUUUAACCGUUGAUGAAGUCGCUCAACAUAAUACUGAAAAUUCAAUUUGGAUUAUCGUUCACGAUAAUGUUUACGAUGUGACAAAUUUCUUGAAGGAUCAUCCUGGUGGAAAAAAAGUUUUGCUAAAAGUUGCAGGCACCGACGCGACAAAGCAGUUCGAUAAUUUCCAUUCAUUCGAUGUCGCAAAAAAAUACCCUCAGCUGCUCAUUGGUAGUAUUGGCGCUGCCAACACGGAGCAGGAGACUCAUGCCGCUUCGGGCGAUGGACCCUACGGAGAUCUUGUGCCUUUCGGUGAUCCUUACUGGUACCAAGACUUCUACAGUCCGUAUUAUAAUGAAACCCAUCGUCGCAUACGUGCCGCUGUACGUCAGUUUGUGGAAACUGAGAUCAUGCCUUACGCAUUCGAGUGGGAUGAAGCCAAGAAGAUUCCCAAGGAACUUUACAUAAAAGCCGCCAAAGCCGGAAUUUUACCCGGAGUCUGCGGUGCACCGUGGCCGACAAAAUAUGCUCAAUAUCCUCCUGCCGGUGGUGUCAAGCCAGAAGAAUUUGACCAUUUCCACGAAUUCGUUGUCACCGACGAACUGGCCCGUUGCGGUUCCGGUGGAAUCUUGUGGGGUUUAACUGGGGGUUUGGGUAUUGGCCUUCCGCCAAUCCUUAAAUUUGCCAGUGAAGAACUGAAGGAUAGAAUUGCACCAGGGUGUUGUAGCGGAGAAAAAAAUAUUUGUCUCGCUAUCACCGAACCCUAUGCUGGAUCCGACGUCGCCAAUCUUAAAACUGAGGCAAAACUUUCGGACGAUGGCGAACAUUACAUUGUCAACGGAGAAAAGAAAUGGAUCACAAACGGAGUCUUCGCCGACUAUUUCACCACAGCCGUUCGAACGGGAGGUCCUGGUAUGGGUGGAGUGUCCCUUCUUUUGAUCGAGAGGACACGACCUGGUGUCAAGACUCGUCAGAUGCAAUGUACUGGUGUAUGGGCCUCCGGCACCGCAUACAUUACUUUUGAGGACGUAAAGGUACCCAAGAGCAAUCUCAUCGGCAAAGAAAAUAGCGGGUUCAAGUACAUUAUGUUCAAUUUCAAUCAUGAACGUAUGGGAAUUUCUAUUCAAGCCACACGCUUUGCUCGUGUAUGCUACGAGGAAUCAAUGAAAUACGCCCACAAACGCAAAACCUUUGGUAAAAAACUUGUUGAACAUCCAGUCAUUCGUAACAAACUUGCUCAUAUGGCUCGCCAAAUUGAGGCCACUCAUGCUUGGAUGGAGUCGUUAAUUCACCAAACGAAUUACCUGUCUGGAAAUGAGGCCAUGACAAGACUUGGCGGACCGAUUGCCUUGUUGAAAGCCCAAUCCACUCAAACAUUUGAGUAUUGUGCACGCGAAGCGGCACAGAUCUUCGGCGGUCUGUCUUACACCCGUGGCGGUCAAGGCGAGAAGGUUGAACGUCUGUACCGUGAAGUACGCGCCUAUGCAAUUCCCGGAGGCUCCGAAGAAAUUAUGCUCGAUCUUGGCAUCAGGCAAUCACUAAAAGUUGCACAAUUUUACGGAGCAAAAAUUUAA